UGAGAUUACAAUGUCGGGAUUAGUGCUAUUUACGGAUAAUAUAUUUUACAUUACCAAAAUUAACGAUAUCUCCUUGAAGGGGAAGACAUGUUCGGUGAAAUAUCGAGAUAAAAAAAAGUACGCGGCUCGUGUGCUAGCAAUUUCCAAUGAUGACACAGUUUUGGAGAACCUUAAAUUGAAUUUCGAGGGAAAAAUUCAGAAAGUGAAGGAAAUCUGGAAGUGCGUAAAUCUAAUGGAAAACACAUACGUGAAAGCUUGUAAAGAAAUCACGAACACUAAAGAUGACACUGUCUUAUUUGUGGAUAAAACGAUUUUGUCUGAAAACUACGAGAGUGUAUGCACUCAAGCAUUUCUCUCGAGUGUUUUUGAAGGAGUAGAUGAUUUUUUCGCUAAAUCAUCACAUUUUCUGAAACUGACAAAGAUUCAAUCGAACAACGAGCAGAAUGAUAAUGCAUCGAAGCCGAAGAGUCAAAAAAGAAAAAAUUCACCAACAAGUAGAGAACUCAAGAUGAACACCAAGCGUCUCAAAGACGAUCAUCGAUCCAGUAUUGUGAAUUCCGAAGAAGGAGUCCCACACAACCUGAUGGAUUGGAGUAACAAGUCAAAGCCGAAGAUCGCCCGAAAAAGAAAAAAAUCACCAAAAAGUGGAGAAUUCGAUAUGAACGCUAAACGUACCAAAGAUGAUCAGGGAUUUAAUUCUGUACAUCACAAAGAAGAAGCCCCAUACAACUUGAUGGGUUGUAGUGUAAAAUUGAAUUCACGAGUGUCACAGUCUCAAUGCAGUAUUGAGGAAAUACCACCACGGCUGGAAGACGAAAUAUUGGAUAAUACAUGCGCAGUGGAUUUGUGUUCAGAAAUCAAACAAUUGAAUUCCAAGAACUGUAGGAGACGUUUAAAUUUUUCUGGACCAGCAUUUGAUCCAUCAAACCAGGAGACGAGGAAUGAAGAGAAAUUGACAAUGUCACAAGCAGGCUCUUCACAUCCUGAGCAAACAUCUCCUAUUGCAGUUCCACUCAAAAUUUUCUGUGGAGACCAGACUGAAAACUUGGAGCAAAAAAAGCAAAUUUCAGGCAUUCAAGAAACACUUUCUACUGCUGUCUAA